CGUAGACGAUCAUCACCAUGGAUAGGUAUUGCGUGUGCGUAGGAAAUUUUUUGUUUCUCAUGCGACUUUCCCCAACAAAUAAGACCCCAAGAUAGGCUCUGAGCAAAACGUGUUGGCAUUUUGGCAAAGAGUGCAUCGCGAGUUUCACGAGCGCAAGAAAUUUAAACCAUACCAAAUGGAGAGCAAGCGUGGGUGGGUCUCGUUCGAUAAGCAUUGGAGGGUGAUACAACAAGUGUGCAACAAGUUAUGUUCCAUCCUUGAGAGCAUAGAGGCCCGUACUGUGAGUGGCAUCGGCAUGAAAGACAUGGUAUGGCCGACAUGCUUGCUUAUUUGAUUGUCUCGUAGCUUACUCGUCCAUAAAUAUUGCUCGUCCAUUUGUUCAUUUGUAGGUCUUUCAAGCUUUGGAAGCAUUCAAGCUCCAUUAUGAGGGCAAGUCUUGUAACCUCAUUCAUUGUUGUAUGAUCAUCAACGACGAAGAGAAGUUCAAAGCGCAAUACGCCGCCAUCAAGGCGCAUGGGGGGAGGCAGCCGUUGAAGAGCAUGGUGAGGGGGAGAAGUCGCGGCCAUGGGGAAGACCAACUACAAGAAAGAGGGCAAGUGCAAGGCAGCAUCCCUUCCCUUGCAAGCUCCUUUGCAAGGCAUGAUCACCAACAAGGAUUUAAGAGAGGAGAAGUGUUGGCAAGACAAGGAGCAAAUUAAGGCCUUCAUGGACAUAUAAGAAACUCGCGUUGGAGGCGGAGAAGCAAGCGAAGAUGUCAGAGAUCGAGGCCACAAAAGCAGCCACCAGAGCAAGAAAAGGUUGGCUGGCUUGCAUGACGAAAGAAGUCCAGAUCAUGAAGGUGGACUUGAGAACGGUGUCUCCAAGAAAGCGACCAUAGUUCAAGAAGAUGCAGUGGGACGUGCUCAACCACGAUGACGAGCGAUCCAUGUUGUGGUGUGCACGCAUGGCCACGAAAAAGAUGGCGUGAUGGAACUACAACCUUAUUUCGUGUGUUGGCAUGUGUGUUAGCCACUGACAAGUGUAUUUCGCAUGAAAACUGUAUAUAUUUUUUGGUAGGCUGACAUAUGUAUGCCGGCCGCUGGCAUAUCACCGACGUAACUCUUGGUGCUGGCAUUGCCCUGACAUGACCUAUGAUCGUGGGUAUUUUUUACCUUAAAACAAUGUUAUGUGUGGAUGAAAAAUGGGUCGCGCGAUUGGACAUACGGUCGACUUAUUUACAAAAGGGGGCGAACACGCCGAUCCAAAUGAAUAAAAAGCGGAUAAAGCACGUCCGUUUGGAUCACACGGUUGAAAUUGCUCUAAUCUCUAGUUUGAGGGAUGCACGGCCUGACAGCCGUCAUUCUACCCUACCAAAAGAAAGGAAACCUUUCCUGUGUGUGUAGGCGCAACCAGCGGUUCCUUAUAAAUACACGAGGCGGAGCCGCGCAGGGCAAUAUCUUGAACCUCGUCAGAACUGACAAUCGAUCGGUUUCGCCAUGGAUUCGCGGAAGAAACCUUCUCUGGAGGAGGAGGCCGAGAGAAGGAGAUAGCGGGAGGAAGAGCUCUCCGAGGAUCUGCUGCUGCAGGUCUUCGCUCGUCUUCCCUCUCGAGACAUCUUCCGCUACGCAAGCGCGUCGAAGAACAUGGCCACCGCUCUAUCCGGUUCGUCUUUCUGGAUGUCUACUCGUCAAGCGCCACCGAGCGAUGUCCAUCUCGCCUACUGCUUCGACCCCGUCGCCAUGAGGGGUCGGCAGAGCUUUUCCUUCCACGACGAGGCUCUGUCCUGCAGCUUCAGCCAUGGGCUCCGCGGCAAGUUCACCUACAGUUACUUUGGAACCGCCAAAGGUUUGAUUGCGCUUCAGGUUUCGAAUCUGGUCAGCAAGAAGUUUUGUGGGUGCAUCAUCUUCAACCCUGCUUCAAGGAUUGAGGCGACGCUAGUCUUUCUGGACUUCGACUCCAAGAACAAUUUAUGUGGGUUCGGCUAUUGCCCAACUGCCAAGAAAUUCAAGAUCCUGAUGUUGCGGAACGGGUCAAUAAUGGUCAAGACGCUCGGUGACCGCCAUAGCACCCAGCCACGUAGUAUCCCCCCUUCCGACUAUAUCUCACAACUUGAUCCAUCAAUUUGCCAAGACGACAAGAUUUAUAUGCUGGAGGCUGGCGGGCACGGCAAUCAGAUCCGGCGGUUGAUUGCGUUCGACAUCCAGGAGGAGACCAGCAUGAAGGUCGACCUCCCCCCUGAGGCUCUCCACUCGGGGCUCCUGCAGCUAUCAGGUUCCAUUUGUGUCGCGUCGCAGGCGGACACCAGCACAGACGUUGUACUGUGGCAGCUGAACCUUGAUCAAGGUUGGCAAAAGAUCUCUGUGGUUGCUGCUCCGUGUCAAGCAAGGGUAUUUGGGGCAUGGCAGCCACAUCCCUCCAAGCUGUUGAUAUGGUUCGAGGGAUGGGGAGCCGCGCUUUAUCAGAAUGCCAGGGGCAGCAGCGAGGGCGACCCAGUGGCAUGGAAGCUGACCUAUGAGGACUACAGGGAAGCAGACCUUGGAGCAGUUCUUGGCUCCUGGCAGAAGAAAGCCGGGCUAGUUUUCUGCUGGGGAUACGAGCCCACGUUCAUAUCCCCACUGGAGUUCUUCAAGAGCAGCCGGGAAGACCACCAAGAGCUCGCGUCCUUUGUCACUGGUGAUCGAGCCGUUGCUCCCCGGCUGGGGUUUGUUCGAUGCUUAGCAGAGGUGCUAAGCGGAUGAGUCGGCGGUUCUCCUGGGACUGCAAUCCGUUUGAGACACAAGAGAGGUGUUAAGGCUGAAAAUCUGUUGACAAACGUGGUGAUACUUGUGUAAAUAUUUGAUUCGAGACUGUUUCUUGUUUGAUUCGAGACUGUUAACUAUAACAGAUUCUUGUUUGAUUCGACUCUGUUUUCGCUUUCACCGAAGAAACUAUUUGAUAUAUUUCCUGUGUUACUCUGGUGUUUGUGUUUGUUCCUGAUUGUCACUGGAACUCGAGUAAUUAGCUGUAUAUGCAUGCCAAAUUCUUGUACUGGACUAAAGGGAAAAAAGGAUAAUCGUGUCUACCAAAGAGAGUUGAAUAAACUGGCAUCAUGCUUCAACAUGAACACAAAUGGGAAGAUGCAGA